AUGGAACUCAAAAGAGGGCAGGAGGCUGGAUUCUUUCUGAUGCUUGGUUUUGUGUAGGAAGACUUUGAGAACUACUGGACAGCAUGCCCCUGGGAAGAAGAUUUGAAGUAUGCAAGGUCUGUUUGUGAUCAGGUUUAUGUGCCAUUAGAAGUUGUGCAUUUGACAGAUGAAUAUUGGAAAAAUGUGGUUUCCUACAUUAUUGAGGAGUACAAAUGUGGACGCACUCCAAAUCCGGAUGUUCUAUGCAAUACACGAAUAAAAUUUGGUGCAUUCAUGGACGCCAUCAACAGUAUGGAUUAUGACUAUAUUGCUUCUGGGCAUUAUGCCAAUGUUGUUCACCCAUCUGCUGAUCAAAUUGAUAAGCCUUCCAUCUUAGAAUUGUCAAAGGACAUGGUCAAGGAUCAAACGUAUUUCCUUUCACAUCUUUCUCAGGCCCAGCUUAAACGACUUAUUUUUCCGCUUGGGUGUCUUGCAAAGGAUGAAGUUCGCCAGCUUGCAGCUAAAUUUGACCUGCCUAACAAAGAUAGGAAGGAUUCACAGGGAAUUUGCUUUCUUGGGAAGAUAAGGUUUAGUGAUUUUGUUGCAAGACACAUUGGGGAGAUGGAAGGAAUCAUAUCAGAAGCUGAGACAGGGGACUUCCUCGGGAAACAUCGAGGGUUCUGGUUCUACACAAUUGGACAGCGCCAAGGCCUACGUCUCCCUGGAGGACCUUGGUAUGUUGUUGAGAAGGAUGUUGAAAAUAAUGUAGUAUUUGUGUCAAGAAAUUAUUUCUCAUUGGACAAAAGAAGGCGCUUGUUUCGUGUUGGCUCCUUGAAGUGGCUUAGUGGGUCACCUCCAAACCAUAAGAAGCAGCUCCAAUGCAAGGUCAGACAUGGUCCUGGCUUUUAUAACUGCAGUUUUGAAUUGGUGUCUGGUGAAUACAGCAGUGAAGAUGUUGCAGUUGUCCACUUACCUGAAGAUGAUCAAGGCCUGGCAGCUGGGCAGUUUGCAGCCUUCUAUGAGGGACAAACCUGCAUAGGUUCUGGUGUUAUUUUGGAGUCCUGGGAUGAUCAAGGGUUUCCUGUUUGUGCAAAGGCUCUUGAGAUUGCAAGAAUGGAAGAUAAAUCAAAGCUUGGGAAACCAGUUAAGAUCAAGGCAAAAGCAGAAGUUCCUCCAGAAAUAUCUGUUCACAAUGACAGCAUUGAACUUAACAGAAGCUUAAUCAGUUUUUAAAUUCCUGUCUCGGAUUAAAGAGAACAUGCAUCUGAAGAGGAAGCAACGACCACAGUUUCAGUUAAUCGGCUGCAAAAGCUCAGAGAGAUUGGUUACAUAUACUUUAAAGUUAAUUUUUGACAGUUGGAACUAGCCAUUGGAUCUUCCUAGUGACCCAUUGCAAUGGAAUUUAAGGGGAGAAAUUCGUUGGCUGUUGUAAGAGUUGUAAGAGUGUUCAGCCAUGGCAGCCUCUUUUGUCUCGGAGCAUUCACACGUUAGAAAGUUUGUCCAUAUUUUCUUCAGGGGCUGCCCUUUUUACUGAUUAGCUCCUUGAUUACGAUGUGUUUCUCCCAUGUUAUUGUAUAUCGUUGCGAUCAAUUUAUACUGUUCUUCAGGAGUAUGGCUUUUCCCAUAAUUGAACAUGAAGCAUGGACAAUUUUAAGCAGUUAAGUGCCUUGUACUUUCCAUGGCCUAGAGAAAUGGAGUUUUCAUGGGACAUGUUUCUUGCGCACAUAAUUUGCCCAAUGAAAAGAGUCGUACUACGAAGCCAUUUUGCUGUCUAUUCUCUAUUAUAUCGGUGAUAAUUUUUGUAUAUUGUAAAUUGAUCAGCCCAUCAUGAAUUGUGAACAAUUUUGAAUAUGAAAAUCAUAACUUUUUACUCUCAGCUUUUCCAAC